AUGACAGCAGCGGCCCUGACUUUGAUAAUUCUGUUUGCCACACAACCAUCUGUCACUAAAGAGGAACUGACUGCUCGACUGAAGAGAAUGAACUCUCCUUCUUUAUUUGGCGGGGACAUACAAGAACUAAUAUUUCAGGCAGAAAUGCAGACAAGCAACCGACUCCAUUUUAAGAUCUACGAUUCCAACAACCAGAGGUUUGAGGUCCCUCAUGAGCAUGUCAGGACCGUCAGCAAUAACCCAACCACCCCUCUCAAUGAUGCACUGAGCAUCAGAAAAGAAUCCUUUGGCCUGACUGUGAGAAGGAGUGACACUAACAAAGUCCUGUUUGACACUACAAUGGCUCCACUGGUGUUUGCAGACCAGUACCUACAGCUGUCUGCAAAGCUUCCAUCCCAUAAUAUUUAUGGUCUGGGAGAGCAUGUCCAUCAACACUAUCGCCAUGACACAAACUGGAGGACCUGGCCUAUUUUCACCAGAGAUGGUUUCCCUAAUGGGGGAACACAUAACCUCUACGGACACUAUCCUUUCUUCCUCUGUCUGGAGGACAACAGUGGUCGGUCAUUUGGGGUCUUCCUAAUGAACAGCAACGCCAUGGAGGUGACUCUGCAGCCUGCCCCAGCAGUGACCUUCAGGACUAUUGGAGGAGUCCUUGACUUUUAUAUUGUCUUCGGACAAACACCAGAGCAAGUGGUGUCAGAGUUCCUUGAGCUCAUUGGCAGGCCGGUCAUUCCUGUCUACUGGUCACUGGGUUUCCAGCUCUCUCGGUGGAACUACGGCAGCCUGGCUGAGGUCAAGGCAACAGUGGAAAGGAACCGUGCUAUCAACCUUCCAUAUGACGUUCAGUACACUGACAUAGACUACAUGGAGGACAAGAAAAUCUUCACCUACGACAAAGUAAAGUUCGCUGAGCUGCCUCAGUUUGCUGAUUACCUGAGUGAGAAAGGACAGAAAUACAUCCUCAUCCUGGAUCCUGCAGUAGCCACCAGCAAGAGGGUUGGGAACACUGCAUAUGAGGCCUAUGAUCGCGGAACCGCGGCGGGUGCUUGGGUCACUUAUUCAGAUGGGAAAACUCCUCUGUUAGGAGAGGUGUGGCCAGGAGAGACAGUAGUUUUCCAGAUUACCACCAGCCAGAAAUGCAUCGACUGGUGGAUAGAUGGAGUACCAAGACUCUACACGGAGAUCAAGCACGAUGCCCUCUGGAUUGACAUGAAUGAGGUUUCUAAUUUUAUCAAAGGAUCGGUUAAGGGCUGUGAUGAUAACAACCUCAACUACCCUCCUUUCACCCCAAGAAUUCUGGAUGACGUGAUGUACAGUAAGACUCUGUGUAUGGAUGCCAAGCAGGCCUGGGGGAACCACUAUGAUGUCCACAGUCUCUAUGGCUACUCUAUGGUGCUGGCAUCCCACAGAGCUCUGCAACGUGUAUUUGGAAAUAGCCGCAGCCUGCUGCUGACCCGCUCCUCCUUUCCAGGUGUGGGAAAAUAUUCAGGUCACUGGCUGGGGGACAAUGCUGCCAACUGGAACGACAUAAAAUGGGCCAUCCCUGGCAUGUUAGAGUUCGGGCUUUUUGGAAUUCCCUAUAUCGGCGCUGACAUCUGCGGCUUCUUUGAUGACUCCAGUGAAGAUUUAUGUCGUCGCUGGAUGCAAGUGGGAGCCUUCUAUCCCUUCAGUCGGAAUCACAACGCAGAGGGCUACAGGCCUCAGGAUCCAGCUUAUUAUGGUGCUGACUCAAUGCUUGUGGCGAGCUCCAAACAUUACCUGACGAUACGGUUACACACUGCUGCUUACCUCUACACACUCUUCUACAAAGCCCACACCGCAGGGGAGACUGUUGUUCGUCCAGUCUUGCACGAGUUCUAUGAUGAUGAAAACACUUGGACAGUGGAUCGCCAGUUCCUCUGGGGCAAAUACCUGCUCAUCACACCUGUCCUGGACCCGGGUAAGGAGGACGUGUGGGCAUAUAUACCAGAUGCUAAGUGGUACGACUAUGACACGAUGGUGCCGCUAACAGAACGCAAAAAGCAUGUGAAUAUGCAUGUACCAGCUGAGAAGCUUGGUUUACACAUCAGAGGUGGCGCAAUCCUCCCAACGCAGAGACCUGAAGUCACCCUCACAUACAGUCGGCGUAACCCCAUGGGCUUGAUCAUUGCUCUUGAUGACAACAACCAGGCAGCUGGGGAGCUAUUCUGGGAUGAUGGAGAUUCCCGAGACACAGUUAAGAAUGGCAACUACACCCACUACAAUUUUUCUGUUGUCGAUGGACUUCUGAUAAUGCAGGUGAGCCGUGCUGGAUACGACGACCCAAAUAACCUGAAGUUUGAGGACAUCACUGUCCUUGGGAUUCCUCAAUCUCCAGCGUCCGUCACUGUGACCCAUGUUCCUGCUGGAGGUGGUGAAAACACUGUCACCACACUGCUGGACACCCAAAUAGAACAUGAUUUCGACAAAGAGGUGCUGUUCCUGCGUAACCUCUCCCUGAUCUUUGGAGACACCUACCUGAUAGAGUGGCAAUUGGCAAAGGAAUACCAACGUAUUGACUGCCAUCCAGAGAAAAAUGCAGAUGAAGCUAAGUGCACGGCCAGAGGUUGCAUCUGGCAGCUAAGUGCAGUACCCAACGUUCCAGCUUGCUACUAUCCUGAUGACUACGGAUACACUGUUUCAACAGUCUCGGAAACAGUUUCAGGAAUGACGCUUGACAUCACUCGGAAUGUGAAGUACAGGAGCAGUGGUCGUCCAGACUCGCCAGACAUGGACAAACUCCGUGUCGCUAUUUAUUAUCACACCAGUGACAUGCUGCAGUUCAAGAUCUGGGACCCGGCCACAGAUCGUUAUGAAGUACCAGUGCCACUUUCAGUUCCUUCUACUCCUGAGACUGAUGCGGCCAAGAGGCUUUACGAGGUCAAAUAUACCAAUAACCCGUUUGGCAUCCAGGUCAUAAGGAAAAGCACAAACGCCGUCAUUUGGGACUCCAGUCUGCCAGGUUUUAUCUUCUCCAACAUGUUCAUCCAAGUGUCGACUCGACUGCCAUCUAGGUAUGUCUACGGCUUUGGGGAGACGGAGCAUAUAUCCUACAGACACGAUCUCGACUAUAAGACCUACGGCAUGUUUUCCAAGGACCAACCCCCUGGUUACAAGCUGAAUUCCUAUGGCGUUCAUCCCUUCUACAUGGGUGUUGAGAACACCGCUGAUGCUCAUGGUGUGCUGCUGCUCAACAGCAAUGCCAUGGAUGUGACUUUCCAGCCCACUCCAUCUAUAACCUACCGAACUUUGGGAGGCAUCCUGGAUUUCUACAUGGUCCUUGGACCUACGCCUGAGAUGGUGGUGCAGGAGUACACUGCACUGAUUGGACGACCUGUUCUACCUGCCUAUUGGUCCCUCGGGUUCCAGCUCUGCCGCUAUGGUUAUGCCAAUGACUUGGAAAUUGAAAAUCUAUACAACGACAUGAGGGCAGCUGGCAUACCCUACGAUGUGCAAUAUGCAGAUAUCGACCACAUGGAGCGUCAGCUGGACUUUGUUCUGGACCAUAAUUUUCAAGGACUGCCUGCCCUGGUUGACAAAAUGAGAGCAGAGGGCAUGAGAUUCAUCCCCAUUCUGGAUCCUGCCAUCUCAGGCAAUGAGACAAAUUACUACCCUGCCUUUGAGAGAGGAAUAGCAGCAGAUAUCUUCAUCAAAUGGCCCAAAGAACUCAGUGAUGAAAUCGUAUGGGGCAAGGUCUGGCCUGAUUAUCCCAAUGUCACAGUAGAUGACUCACCAGACUGGGAUACCGCAGUAGAGCUCUACAGGUCUUACGCUGCAUUCCCAGACUUCUUCCGCAGUGAAACAGCAGCAUGGUGGCAUCAAGAAAUCAAGGAUUACUAUGAGAAAACCGUCAAGUUUGAUGGCCUUUGGAUUGACAUGAAUGAGCCCGCCAGUUUUGUCCAUGGCACAGUUGGAGGGAAUUGUCUUGGUAAUCCACUUCUAGAGAAUCCUCCAUACAUGCCACCCCUGGAGUCUUCACAUAUGGGCCUAAACCACAAGACUCUGUGCAUGAACAGCGAGCAGAUACUCAGUGAUGGAAGGAGAGUCAAACACUACGACGUCCACAACCUUUACGGCUGGUCCCACGCCAAGCCCACAUAUGACACCCUGUUGGAGGUGACGGGUAAAAGAGGCAUAGUGGUGAGCAGGUCCACUUACCCCUCCAGUGGAAAAUGGGUUGGACAUUGGCUGGGAGACAACAACAGCAGCUGGGACCAACUAUUCAAAUCCAUUAUUGGUAUGCUGGAGUUCAGUCUGUUUGGUAUCUCUUACACCGGGGCAGACAUCUGUGGGUACUUCAAUCCAUCUAAUUAUGAAAUGUGUCUUCGCUGGAUGCAGCUCGGUGCCUUCUAUCCAUACUCACGCAACCACAAUGGAAACAACUUGCGACAAGAUCCUGUGGCUUGGAAUGCCACUUUCGCUGAGAUAUCCCGGGACGUCCUGAAUGUCCGCUACACCCUCCUGCCCUACCUGUACACCCUGCUGUAUGAGGCACAUGUUGAUGGAAGCACCGUCGUCAGGCCACUCUUGCAUGAGUUUGUGGAAGACAGAAAUACAUGGGAUGUACACCGACAAUUCCUCUGGGGACCUGCCCUACUCAUCACCCCUGUACUUGAUCCGGGACACACAACGGUGGAGGGCUACUUUCCUAAAGCACGCUGGUAUGACUACUACACGGCUGAACUCUACCAUGCACGGGGUGAAAGUACUUUACUGUCUGCACCCCUUGACCAUAUUAACCUUCAUAUCAGAGGAGGAUACAUCUUACCCUGUCAGGCACCAGCGAGAAAUACACAAGAGAGUCGGAAGAAUCCUUUGGGACUGAUCGUCGCCCUGAGUGAAACUGGAACUGCUGAAGGAUCGUUCUUCUGGGAUGAUGGAGAAGGUAUAGAUACAGUGAAGAACAACCAAUAUCUUCUGACCUCCUUCAGUGCAACAGGGAACACCUUGACCUGUAACAUUGUCCACAAUGGUCUGGCCCAGGCUGAUCAGGUGACCCUCGGUGUGGUGAAGGUUUGGGGUGCAGGAAAUGUUAAGAUCACAGGAGCAACCCUAAAGGACGCAAGUGGAACAAGUUAUCCACUUACCCUACAACACGACGUUACCAAGCAGGAGCUGAUUAUGGAUGCAACUUCCAGGUCUUUUAUAAUAAAUCAGCAUUUUACCAUCACAUGGAUAACCAGUGUCUAAAUUUAAUGCAACACUGCGUUUCACUGCUAAACAGCUAAUGUGUCUGUAAAUAAUGGUGCCUUAAUGAAGAAAACAAGAUAUGUUUAACAUCUAAUAUUUAUAAUAUAAAUUAUUAAGCAUGAAACUUUACUGUGAUGAGCUGAGCAAUCUAAUCCAAAUGGUGUAUUUGAUUUUUUUGUAAAUUGCAGUACCUUUAUAUUAAAUGUAAAAGAAAUUACAUGUUCUGGAUUUGUCUUUGAAUCUCCUAAUAAAGUGUGUUCUGCUGCAACAACAA